AUGAGACUUCUUACCCAUAACUUUUUAAAAUGCAACGAAACCCAGUGCGAUGGAGGAUACCCGCUUUCACUAGUACUGAACAGUGACGCGGAAGAAAAUAUGAAAAUAAUAGAACAAGAAAUUAAUGUAGAGUUUGUAAAAAAUGUUUUAACGAAAGUGGACUAUGACGUUCUUUAUCAAACGGCCACACAGCUAGGGCUAAAUUUGCCAGUUAGCUACACUACCCAACACCUUGAGGAUGAAGAAUUCUUGAACUCAAUUCACCAUGCCCUUUUUAAGGUACCCACAUGA